AUGCAGUCCAUGCAACCCCGCAAGCUCACCCCGCGCCCCUCCCCCCUCCCCCGGCCCCAGGGGCGCCCUGAGGCCACGUCCCUCCCCCAGGUCUGGCCACUUCUCCCUCGCACCUUUAGUCCGUCUCACUCGGGCUCCGGGCCGAGCGUCCGUCCGGGCGAGGCUGGGGCUGGGGGACGGCGUACUGUACUCCUGGCCCGGGGGCGCGACCGCAGGAAAAACCGGCGUGGCAACCCCAAGCUCGACAACAACCCGGCGUCGCUGGGCAACCGAAACUUUAAAACCCAGCCAAGGCUGCACGCGGGCGCCCAGAGGCGCCCGCGCCAAUCACGGGAGCGGGAGCUGGAGGAGGGCGGUGCGCGGGGAGGGGUCGGGGGAGCAAGGAGGAAGGGAAGCCGCUAUUUGGAAAACAAUUCCAAAGAAAUUCUGUCCCUGACUAAGCAGAUAGAUAUCCUGAAGGCUUUACUCAAAGAUAUAAAAGACAAACUGGACAACGACAUUCUGAAUGCUAAUGCAGACAUCUUUGGAAAACCAGAAAUCUCAGAUGUUACCGAUGAAGGAAGAAAGGAUUUAGAGGCAUUUGGGGUUCUGUUUUUUAUAUUUUUAAUGAAUUCUGUGCAUGAAAUAGUUGUGUUGAUGCCUGAUCAGGAAAUGUCCUUGGUGAAUUAUAUCCUUAAAAAGUUAAGGGAAGAUCAAGUCCAGAUGGCUGACUGUGCCCUCAGAUCUGCAGGUGCCUCCAUUGUUGAAGCAGGAACUUCUGAGAGUUACAAAAAUGAUAAAGCAAAACUAUAUUGGCAUGUGGGAUUCUUAAGUUAUGAAAUGCCUCCUGAUAUUAUUUUUCAGCCUCAUGUCCAUCCUGGGAAGUGCUGGGCAUUUCCAGGUUCUACGGGUCAUACUGUAAUCAAACUUGCCAGGAAAAUCAUACCAAUGGCAGUUACCAUGGAACAUAUCUCAGAGAAGAUUUCUCCCUCAGGAAGUACUGCCAGUGCUCCCAAGGACUUUUCUGUUUAUAAUGGAGUUUCUAAAUCCUUAUCAUAUGUGAAACUGAAAAUUCUGAACAAUUGGGGCCACUCUAAAUAUACAUGCUUAUAUCGAUUCAGAGUCCAUGGAAAGCCAGAAAAGGAUGGCUUAGGAGUCUCCUAAAAAGAACAAGGGACUGACUGUGGUGAUAUAAAAUGGCAUAUCUACCAAGUCAAAACAGCCAAAGCCCCUGGAAUCAAGUAAAUGGGAUGAAAGCUUCAAAGAAAAUACUUCACACUUGCAUUAAAUGGAGGUGGAUGAGAGGAAGAAGAGGGAUAAGUCUGGGC